AUGGCUCAAGAUACAUCUAAUUCUGAAUCAACUCAGAGAAGACAUGGUCUCUUAAAAGAUCAAGUUCGAUUGGUCAAGAGAAAGGAUUCAGAUCGUUAUGAAAUUGCCCCUAUUCCUGAUAAUUUGUCAUUUGAGAAGGGUUUUUUUGUUGUUGUUCGUGCUUGCCAGUUGUUGUCACAGAAGAACGAUGGUCUGAUAUUAGUAGGUGUAGCUGGUCCGUCUGGUGCUGGGAAGACUGUAUUUACUGAGAAGAUGCUCAGUUUUAUGCCAAGCAUUGCUGUCAUCUCAAUGGACAAUUACAAUGAUGCUAGUCGAAUUAUUGAUGGAAAUUAUGAUGACCCACGCUUGACGGACUAUGAUACCUUGCUGAAGAACAUUCAAGAUCUGAAAGCGGGGAAGCAGGUUGAAGUUCCCAUAUAUGAUUUCAAAUCUAGUUCUCGCACAGGAUACAGGACACUUGAAGUCCCAAGCUCCCGCAUUGUGAUUAUCGAGGGCAUUUAUGCUUUGAGUGAAAAGUUGUGUCCUUUACUGGAUCUUCGAGUAUCUGUGACAGGAGGUGUGCACUUUGAUCUUGUAAAACGGGUUUUACGGGAUAUACAACGUGCUGGGCAGGAACCCGAAGAAAUAAUUCACCAAAUAUCUGAAACGGUGUAUCCGAUGUACAAGGCUUUCAUUGAGCCUGAUCUCCGUACUGCACAAAUAAAAAUCAUCAACAAAUUUAACCCAUUCACUGGAUUCCAGUGUCCUACUUAUAUAUUGAAGUCUUCAAGGGAUGUGACUGUGGAUCAAAUCAAGUCUGUCAUGUCUGAAGAACAUACUGAAACAACAGAACAGACUUAUGACAUAUAUCUUCUACCACCUGGAGAAGAUCCAGAGACCUGUCAAUCAUAUCUGAGGAUGCGGAAUAAGGAUGGAAAAUACAAUCUCAUGUUUGAGGAAUGGGUCACAGAUCCUCCAUUUGUCAUAUCACCAAGAAUAACUUUUGAAGUUAGUGUACGGCUUCUUGGAGGACUGAUGGCCUUGGGAUAUACAAUAGCAGCUAUUCUGAAAAGAAGUAGCCAUGUUUUUAGUGACGAAAGAGUCCAUGUGAAAAUUGAUUGGCUGGAGCAGCUAAAGCGUCAUUAUGUUCAGGUACAAGGCAGAGAUCGCCUGGUAGUGAAAUGUGUUGCUGAACAGCUGGGAUUGGAAGGUUCAUAUGUUCCACGAACUUAUAUUGAACAAAUACAGAUAGAGAAACUCGUAAAUGAGGUUAUGGCAUUGCCGGAUGAUUUGAAAACCAAGCUUAGCAUAGAUGAUGAACUUAUCUCAAGCCCAAAUGAAGCACUUUGCCGAGCCGCUUCAGUUGGAAGGGCGGCAUCAAGAAUUAAGACUGCAAAAAGUGGUGUGUCACAUUCAUAUUCAACACAUAGGGACCAAAACCUGACCAGGAUUAGCAGAAGGUUUGAUGAUAGGACGGCAGAGCCACCAGCUACAUUAGGAAAUCAGGGAGCCAUCACGCAUCUGUUGGAACACAUUUCUACACUAAAUGAUCGGAUGGAUGACUUCACAUCUCGCAUUGAAGAACUAAAUUCAAAGUUAACUACAAAGCGAACUUCGCCCAGCUCACAAAACAUAGCUUUACAAGCUGAAGCCUGUAAUGGGUCAGUCCCAACUUCUUACUUCAUAUCUGGUUUGGAGAAUGGAUCCUUAACUGGAUCCAUCAUGCCAAAUUCCUCGUCUUCGUCCCAGUUAGCCAAAGAAUCUCCUUUGAUGGAAGAGAUAUCUGGUGUAGUGCGGGGACAACGCCAAAUCGUGCAUCAGUUAGAUAAUCUUAGCAAUCUUCUGCGUGACUACUUGGGUGAAAGGUCACAUCAUGGUGGACGACAUAACAAAACUGAUAUUGUUGAUAUUGAUCCAAUCAAAAUCUCCGUUAUCUUAACAUCGUUGGCAAUUGGCGGUUUUGGAAUUUUCUUGUUUAAGGGUUUUCUUUCCCGAAAAUGA